AUGGCAGACGACAUGGACCAGCAACAAACUACCAACACUGUAGAAGAGCCCCUGGAUCUCAUCAGGCUCAGCCUGGAUGAGCAAAUUUAUGUGAAAAUGAGAAAUGACAGAGAGCUUCCAGGCAGAUUACAUGCUUAUGAUCAGCAUUUAAGUAUGAUAUUGGGAGAUGUGGAAGAAACUGUGACUACAAUAGAAAUUGAUGAGGAAACAUACGAAGAGAUAUAUAAAUCAACAAAACGGAAUAUUCCAAUGCUUUUUGUCCGGGGAGAUGGUGUUGUACUAGUUGCCCCUCCUUUAAGAGUUGGCUGAAACAAAGAAUUUAUCAUGUAUGGAAUAUAGGAGCUUUUGUAUGAUUGCCUCUUUAAAUGUAGAAGACAUUCAA